UUAGAAUGUUGACAAUAUUUUGAUAAAUUUUAUUAUACCGAGAUACUGCCAGUAUCUACCUUAGAUAUUAUUAUCUAAAAGGUUAACCAACAGAUAGAUAUUAUUAAUACAUAACAAUAAUAUUUAUAAAGGAAUCCCCUUCAUGUGCAUAGUUUGAAAGAAAUGCAUAAUUCAAAAGCUAGUGAUCCGCCAUUUUAUUUUAUGUGUGCCUCCAAACUCCAGGUAUAUAAACCAAUAUAAAAAUUGUUUAUCAUGUGAGAUGGCGCUGACGUUACGUGACUGCGAAUGGUGCUUAACGCACACCUGAACCGUGAGACAAAAUAAUAAUGUGGCAUUUUGCUCCCGGGUGUUCUCCUAUACAUACGCAGUGUUAUCAACUUAUCAUAGGUAGUGAUAGUGUGGUUUUUGGCUUUUUAUCGUUUCAAUUAUUAGAUUAUAAUAAUUUUCACCAUAACUAAAGAAAAUGGAACCGAAAGAAGAGCCCCAAGCUUCUCCGCAAGACGUUGAGCCUCCCAAAGAAAGCGAACAAGAUGCUGCAGAAGUAAAAUUAGAAAAACAAGAAGAAAAUAACAUUAAAGAUGAGGCGAAAGUGUUGGAAGAACCGCCAAUAACGGAAGUGAUUGUUGAAAGUCAACCGAAUAUUACUCCUCCGCCUUCAGUGAUUAAAAAAAAUGUUCUCACCACGGCAGGUAAAAUAGAAAGUGCAGACCAUCUUGAAGCCCACAACGAAGAACUCGUGGAAGCCCAAGAAAGCUCUGAUACAGAAGACAAACACAGAGUGCCGCAAGAAGUGGUACCUUACGAAAUAAUCAGUCAAGAUUCCUCUACGCAUUCGGAGCACCAGUUUACUGUUACCAGCAAAAGUUUCAACGCAGGAAACUUCCAGCAGCACCUGCACCAGCACCAUCCACAUCAGCACCAUCAGCCGGAAAUUUUCACAUUGCAAAUAACCAAUUCCGAAGGUACUACCGUGCCGGUCACCAUUGAAAGUACCAUAGACACUUCGGCUGAUUACGCUAAUCUUGAAACUGCACAGUACUCGAAUAACGGACAGUAUCCACCGGAUGGUUCUCAGUAUUUGCAGCAACAUCAGUACAGUACCAUGCAGUAUCAGUUGGAACGGAAUAGCGGGGAAAGUCCUCCGAUUUUGAAUAAUAAUGUGUUAGUGAGGAAUAAUGAUCCCACUUUGGCGUCUUCCAGAUAUCAUCAGGAUCUCCGGUUUUCAGCAAGCAACUACGAACAACAAUUAAACCAAAUCACCCUGACAGCACCCCAAACGGGCCAAACGUACCAAAUCAGUCCAGCGAGCGCUGGAUCAGAUUCCUGGUCGACGUCCAGUACCGCCACAACGCAGUACCAGCAAACCUAUCAAGGUGCCGCCAACGUGAGCGUCCACCAAGCUGACAGCAGUACAGCUCAUCAGUACUACUUGAACAGCAACUGGCCAGCGGGCGCUUUGGAGGAUGGAGGCAACAACGUUUCGGCGCAGAGGUCGCCGUCCUCAGAGGUACUAGUCAAAGAGUGCGUUAAUUGCGGCGCGAGUGUCACACCCCUUUGGCGCAGAGACGGUACGGGGCACUACCUGUGCAACGCGUGCGGUCUCUAUAACAAAAUUAAUGGUGUGAAUCGACCGCCGAUCAGGCCGAGCAAAAAACCGCAGGCGGCUAACAAUAGAAGGAAUGGGGUGGCAUGUGCCAACUGUAAAACUUUGAACACCACUCUAUGGAGAAGGAACAACCAAGGAGAACCUGUUUGCAAUGCUUGCGGGCUUUAUUUCAAAUUGCAUGGGGUAAAUCGGCCAAUAAGUAUGAAAAAAGAAGGAAUCCAGACUAGGAAGAGACGACCGAAAAACAAUUCUUCUGUUCAUAAUGGAGCUGGAGUUUCUGGCAUGCCUCAACGAUUAAGCAACACCCAAGCCAUCUACUACCAAAACAUCUCCCAAGACCAAGAAAUCCCGAUCGACCAGUACCAAUUGCCGCACACCGCCGUGUACCAAACCCAGUACCACAGACCGCCGCAAAUUCAAAACGCCGCCGACCAUUUGGGCAGACAAAUGGCAAACGUGGCUCCUCUACAGCCGAUAAUGACAAACGAAGAAGAACAUGCCGCUCGCGUGAUCACGUCGUCGUCUCCUCAUCAAGUUAGAUAUCACGUUGAAACUGAUGGUGCUGAAGAGACUGAGUUACAUUAGUGACAAUUUUUUUUUUUUUUUUGUAUUUUUUUAUGUAUGUAUGUACAGUAGAUUUUAUAAUUUAUUUGAAUAAUAUUUGUUAUUUAAUGUAAAUUAUCUUGCCUUAAAGUGUGUGUAUUUGUUACCUACUUCAGAAAAUAUUUUUACAAAAAAAAAACAAUUUUUAGGUCAUUUAGUCAACGGAUUUAGUAGGUAGGCAUAUAAAGUCAAAGUGAAGCAAGAGAAUAUUUUGUUUAAAUUUAUGAGAAAAUUAUAUGUAGGUAUAGAAAAUUUUUAACAAAGAUAUUAACAUUAAGUAGUUGUUUUGUACAUUUUUGUAUGCCAAAGUUUAUAUUUUUUAAAAUACGUAAGUACUUACUUAGUUAUUGGCGUUUAAGUAUAUUUUAUUAAGGCUUAAACAGAAUUUUAUUUUCUUUUGAUUAAUUAGUCUAUUUUAUAUAGUCAACAAUUUCUAAAUUGAAUUCUGUAUAAACAUUUCAAAUAAAUUUGUUUUUUGUUUAUUUAAUA